CAUUUGCACUCGUCAGAUUCCGCGAACUAUUUUGUGAUUACUUAUUUAUGCUCAUAGCGAAUCGAGUUUCGUUGCAUUCUGAAAGUUUCAUUAUCAUUAUUACUCCUUAUAGUAUGGAUAGCAAGCCAGAGUCAAGGAAUGGCCUGUCUGCUUCCGGUAAGCCACUGGUGACACAAACCACGUCGGCUGCUGUCCCAAACACCCAAGUCUUCCAUUUCGGAGAUUGGAUCAUAACAAUCACGAAAGCUCCAAUUAUGAGCUCCCAGUGUCUGUGCGCAAAGGAAAGCUCCAUUGCCAGCAUUGCGAGCCAUCAAAGUGGGAACUGCGUUCCCGGUAGCGGUGGCAGAUGCGUCUUUUGUAGGAAUGAAGCGCGCUUUACGCUGAAAUAUCUUCCCGAUAUGGUCUUUGUGGAGAACUCUUUGCGUAUCGAGAAUGCCAAAACGCAGUCAGGAAUUGAAUUUAACGCUGUGGAUGCUGUGAAUUCAAUCGGAGAGCAGCCUUCGGGUGAUAUUCAGGUGGCGUCCGCUAGUGUAUGGCAGGAAUCCAGGACCGAAGCUCUCAAAACGUACGGGUCGAAGACGGUGCAGUACGAUUGGACAUACACGCCCGAUUACCGAGGAAGCGUAUUUGGCACCAUGCAUUCCCAGCCAACUGUGGAGGAGUUGGAUCUGGAGCUACUAAAACGCAGAGAUGCUGUUUUGCUGUUUGAUGAAAUUCAACUUUAUGGGGAUGAAUUAGAUGAUAAUGGAUGUUCAGAAAUGGAUUUGAAAAUCCGGAUUGUUGACUCGUAUGUGUUUGUCCUGAUGCGAUUUUAUUUACGGGUUGACCACGUGUUCGUACGUCUUUACGACACGCGGUUACUGCUAAAGAAAGGCGAGAAUUUCAUGCUCCGAGAAUAUGCCGUACGAGAAAGUAAAAUACCUGACCUUCCGAAAUCGGUUUCGCCUAUGGAUCCCAUGCAGAUUUGGUCUGCUUUAAGUCCGUUAAAAACUUUCAUGAAAAGCUGAGUUAAGGAUUACACUAAACUUAAUGUUUUUUUAGUUCCUCUUCCACUGAUAUUUUCUUGAUUAAAUUGUCACUGUUUAGGAUGUUUAAACUGUUUUAUUUUAGCAACAUGGUUGUAAAAAUUAUACUCAACAUUCGUAUGUCCGUAAAAUGGCAUUAAAAAGUUCUAUAUCACAAAUGCUAAAAUCUUUGACAACUCUCUGUAUAAACCGGGGAACGUAAAAUCCUUAUAACAAACAACAUAAUGAAACCAACAAGGCAACAUGGCGAUAAGGUAGAAAAACUGUGGUAAAGGAAUGCUAUUCCACGCGCAAUGGCGGAAAGUCGGUUUUCCGGACUACUGUCUGAUUACAGUAGCGCUCGUGACAGACUGGAAUGAGCGUGGGAUAUUCUUCGUUUUUGUGUUUAAUCCAUUCUUUUCCCGCGAAAGAAUAGCACUGCGGUGCUUGACAGUGGAAUGCAGAAAA